GCGCUGGCGACGCAAAGGCUCAGGAGUGCCGAAUUACCGAUACAAUAAUGACCUACCCAGAAUUCAGCAUUUGUUUAACCGGUUGGCGGCGGCGUGACACAGAAAAAUAAACGCUAGGGGUUUGAAAGCGGAAUCCUAGACAGACCUGUUUUUUUUUUUCCUUUUUUGAACUGGGCAAGUCCUGUGAGUAAAUGCGUGAAGAUAAGGAAAUAAGGGUGCAUUUUCACUUAAACGAUAUGUUCGAGCAUGGGUGUCAGCAACUCAAAGGCUCCCAAUACAUGGGUGAGAUUCACUUCAAAUAAAAUGUGGAGCAGAAAAAAAGUCAGGAGCAGCCAUUCAGAAGAGGCUAUUCAUACUUACGACAGUGUGCCUGAAAUUCCCAUUUAUGCUGAGGUAGACAAGACAAAGAAGAAGAAGCAUACCUCAACCUCAGAUGCUGAUGUCCAUUACUCUGAGGUUCAUGUGCUGAAGAGACGCAGUCACAGCACCAAGAGAGUUAAAGAUUGGCAAAAGGACAAUGCUACUGAAUAUGCAGUUCUCCGUAUCCCAUCAGCAGACCCACCUCAGCUAGGAGGCAGACAAGCUCUGGAUAACCAUUCUAAGCAAGAAGAUGCUGCAAAGCCCCCUGUACAACCCAGACAUACUAGCAAAAAGUCACCUAGAAGGGAAGGCCCAAUGGGGCCACCCGUAUGCAUGCCUACAGCUAAUGAUAAGCCACAAAGAAGUGGAGAGAGAGCGACACCUCCUACAGAUCCUAGGCCACCUAGUUAUAGACCACAAAGAAGAGGUGACAUACUAAUGCUUCCCACAGAGCCUAAGCCCACUAAUGACAGGUCCCACAGAAAAUUAGAGACCUUGAUGCCACCUGUAGCACCCAUGUUAACAAAUAACAAGCAACAGAGAAGAGCUGAUAGGGUCAUGACCAGUACACAUACUGAGACCAUUAAUGACAAGUCUCAGAGAAGAGGAAACACAUUAGAAGAGCAGAUACCUAGCCACAAGAUACAAAGAAGAAUGGAAGCGUUGAUGCCGCCUACUGGACAUAAACUAAAUUGCAACAGAUCACAAAGACAAGAUGAAUCAAGGAUAACAUCUGUACAACCCAUGCCAGCUAAUGAUGAGCUAAAUAUAAGAGCAGACAUGAGGUUUCCUUCUACAGAGCACAGACCAGUGGCCAGUAGAACCCAUAGCAGAGCAGAAAGGUGGACUUAUGAUGAAAACAUGUCACCCAAACAUGCAGUGACUGGCAGCAGGCCUGUACCAUCCACAAGAACCAUAAAGUCAAAUCCAAAUACGGGAACUCUUGUGUAAUGACCACUUUCAAUCAGGUGGUUAAGUUUGAUGUCCGUGGAUGGGCCAUCAUCAUUGCACUAUUUUUACAAAUUAAACUUGUGUCAAAAGGCUAUUGAAAGAAAGGGAAGACAGAGGCCAUAAAUUCUAAAGCAGGCGUUUCCAAGUUCAGUCCUGAAGUACCACUGUGGCUGUGGGUUUUCAUUCCAACCAGUUUCACAAGUAAAUGGUUCAGUCUUAUUUCUAAGUCAUCUUAUUGUUUAUUAGGUCUUUUCUUAUUUUUGCAAUCAGAAAUAUGUAGUGUCAUAUUUAUAUAUAAAAAAGCAAAUAUAGUAGUUUUGCCAUCUUUAAAUGUUGAAUUUCUUUUUUUACCAUGUUCUUUUUAAUUCACCCUUUCCUGUGAAGUUUAAUUCCUUAAUUUUAUCUGAAUACUGACAAAUAGUGAUGAGCAGCACAGGCACAGGUGCAAAUGGAGCAAAAUACUAAGAGAAGCAGCUACUUCAGUAUAAAAUUCACUCGUGUGCUAAUUAAUAGGAAAAAACUUAAAUGACCAGAACAUAAAAAAGGAAAAACAUCCUAAAAAGCAAAGAAAAACAAUGAAUAAUGUCACACAUACUGAUGCUUCCUACAUUAGCAAACCCAUUUUGUAAUUUCUGGAUUUACACAAAAAAGUGAGAAACUGGGAAAUAACAAGUUGUUUAAUAAAGGCAGGAGUCCAGUAAAAAGCAGGAGGAGGGUGGGAUGAACACCUUUAGUUAAUCUGGUCUGUAGGACUGAACUUGAGAACCACUUAGCUAAACUUUUAUUACUAAUUAGCGUAUAAAUUAAUGUAACAUUGACAUAGAGUCUCAACUUUAACAUUCAGUGUGAUUUGCACCUUUUUCUCCACCACUCAUCACAAAUCACCAAUAUCUAAAUAUAAUUAAAGGAGCAAACUUCACAUAAAUGAGGAAAAUUGAAAUAAAACAUAAAAUGGUAUAAGAAGAUUAAGUGUUUAAAACUAUAAUUCUUCUAAAUGCAAAUAUCAUAGUGGAGUACUUUUCUGAAUACGGAAUAAGAGAAUAAGAAAGUUCAGCUGAAUAAUUAGAUUGAUAAGAUAGAGUGACCUACUGAUUUGUGAGGCGGGUAGGAAUGAAAGCCUGCAGCCACAGUGGCAUGCCAGGACUGAACUUGGGAACCCUUUUUCUAAAGGAAUAACAAGCGGGUUUCAUCUCAGAAGACUGGGUUGGGAUCCUGACCUGUUCAAUGUCUGCAUAUUCUCCAUGUGUCACUGAGGAUUUUUCUUUAGGUUUUCUGCCCACAUCCAAAAAAUGUGUGGUUAAGGUAAUUGAUAGUCUGAUGAACUGAAUGGUGUUGGACCCCCCUGAAUUGCAUUAGGCAAGCUCAGAAGUUGAUGGGAGUUAUCAUAACAUGUAUAUGUAAUGGGAGGAUGAGAUAUUCAUAAUAAGAGAAAUACAAAUUUGUGACCCACAUUAUAUUCCCCUUUGCUUUGCUUUACUUUUAAUCAGAGCCUAAACUCUAGAGUAGAAGAUUGGCAAAGUAUGUCAUAAUUUGUUUGGAAAUUGCUUGUUUUUAGAAGGGAAGUGAACAGGUGACAGUAGAUUUUGUUAGCACUUUUUUGGACAGCUGGGUAAAAAUUAUUUAUACACACAUGUAUGCACUGUAUAUAUGGCAUUACAACUGAUGAUCAAAGGAUGGUAAAACAUAGCCCUAUAAACUCUGUCCUGUUCUACUUCAGACUAUUUUCAAACAAAAAAAAUUAAACCUAAAGUGGCAUAGCACUGCUCUUCUUUGCUGCAGUACCUCUGAUUGUCUGAUAACUUUGAUCUGUUGCUUUCACUUUUGGAGCAGAUACAACAGCAAGAUGCUCUGUUGAGUGACUUGGAAGUGGGAGGCAUCAUAAUGACUACCAGGAACACUUAAAGGCUUGAUACCCUGCCAGAAUGUGAAAGGAAUGGGGUUUCAGACCAGUAUUGGUUCAUAUUUGAUUUUUGCUGUCUGUUAGAUAAAUGAAUGUAAAUAAAACAUACCAUCAUA